AGUUUAGACCCAUACAGCGUUACCAUGAGUAGUUUUUUAAUGAGCCUUUCCCAGCCUGCGGUACUACGGCAGUAGAGUUUGGCUUGAUGUGUCGUCCAUUGAGAUUUGUCAUUGUAUAUAUGAGGCGUCACACAGCGGACCUUGACAUGGGGAAGGUAAACAAAAUGAAGAAGCUUGGGUCCAACGUGACUCGGCCCGGGCCUCUGGGGGAGCAGCUGGCGCGGGACAACUUUGCUCAGCCCACGGGCCGUAGGAAGGCACGGCCUGCCAGGAAGGAUGGCGAUGAUGAGGUGUUGCAGUUUGUUGAGGGGCAGCUGGGGAGGAAUAUCCUGAAGCAGAGUCUGGCACAGCUGAGGGAGGUGCAACAGGAGGCAGACAAGGAGAUGGAAGGAGAACACAUCCCGACUCCUGACCACCCAGCACUCAGGGACAAGAGGCUGGGUGCUGUGAGUCUCAGCUCCAAAAAUGCAGACGGUGAAAGUGAGGAGAGCAGUGAGGAGGAGGAUGAGGAUGUGGACGAGACACUCAACGCUGUGCCUCAGAACACUGACAAGCUGGUGAAAGACUUUGAGGAGGAGCUGCACCUGGCGAAGGAGGACCAGCAGAUCCUGGACCAUUUUAUGAACAAGGAUGCAGCACCACAGAGGAAGCUGGCUGACCUCUUCAGGGACAAGAUCACUGAGAAACAGACGGAGAUCCAGUCACAAGUGGAUGCCAACAGUGUCCAGACUGUGAGUGUGUCCACAGAGGUGCAGGACAUGUGUGCCCAGGUAGGAAAGGUCCUGGCUAAGUACCGCAGUGGCCCCUUGCCCAAGAUGUUCAAGGUUAUCCCUAAGAUGCGCAACUGGGAGGAGCUCGUCUACCUAACAAUCCCAGACAAGUGGUCGGCUGCUGCCAUGUACCAGGCUGUCAGGAUAUUUGUGAGUAACCUGAAGGAGGCGAUGGCCCAGCGCUUCUUCAACCUGGUCCUGCUGCCACGUGUGAGGGACGACAUCUCUUUCUACAAACGGCUCAACUACCAUCUAUACCAGGCCAUGUACAAAGCAAUGUUUAAGCCAGCAGCAUUCUUCAAAGGUAUUCUGCUCCCUCUGUGUAUGUCUGGCACUUGCACCCUGAGAGAGGCCAUCAUUGUGGGCUCUGUCAUUGCCAAGAAUCACAUACCAAUCCUCCACUCUGCUGCGGCCAUCCUCAAGAUUGCCGAGAUGGACUACACCGGCCCCAACUCCAUCUUCCUGCGGAUAUUCUUUGACAAGAAAUACGCGCUGCCUUACAGAGUUGUGGAUGCCUGCGUGUACCAUUUCCUAAAGUUUGAACACGAUCGCCGCGACCUGCCCGUGUUGUGGCACCAGGCACUGCUGACAUUUGUGCAGCGGUACAAGGAGGACCUCAGUCCAGACCAGAAGCAGUCCCUUCUUGAUGUGGUGCGCUUCCACACACACCACACCAUCACGGCUGAGGUAAGAAGAGAACUAAUUAACUCCAAAUGCCGUGGGGAAGAUGAUGCAAAGAUGGCAGUUGAUGAGUAAAGUGAAGAACACAUUGACUCUUGUAUGUGUAUAUGAGAAUUCUGUGUUGCUCUUUGCUGGCCUUGUGCUGGGUUAUUUUUCAUAAGAAACACUUGUGAGAAUGAAGAAAAGUGUGAUGGUGUGUAAUGUGGGGGAACCAAACAACUACUAGUGGCUGAGAGAUUACUAAUGAGUGAUAGUAAUGGUGGGAUAGGGUGUUUAUGUGACUGCCUUUGUAUCUCCAGCUCUAUGUGUGAACAGUGUUACCUGUAUGGUGUAUGGAUGGGACUGGUACUAUUGCUACUACUGCCCAUGGUAAUACUGAUAAGAAUAACCUUCACAAUGUUGACUAUAUAUAUAUAUAUAUAUAUAUAUAUAUGCUCCACGGGCCUGCAGAAAAAAUAUAGAUUUCAGUGCCUAGCCUCAAAGAGAAUGUUGACUUGAUAUAAAGAAAUUGGUGCAUUGAAUUUAUUUCUCUGCUGAAUCUUUUACCCUGACUUAUUAUUAUCUUUUACUUGAAUUCUUUUAUAGUGUACUUUUUGAGGGAAUUAGAUAUGUGAUAAAUAGGUUAUAUUCAUUCACUCAUUUGGUCAACAUGUUAUUUUUAUGGUGUGAUUUGUAGUUUAAGAUAACCUGUUGAAUUUCAUCCCAUCUGUCUGUUAUUUAUCCAAGCCCAGGUCUUUGGAUAUCACAUAUCACAAUGGUUGGCUUGCUGGGCUCAUAACUGAGAGGUGCUGCAUGACUGAUCCUCAUGCAGUGUGGUAUGGUGAGCAUCAUUUCUCUCCCCAUUUACCUUGAGGCCUAUAGACUGAGAUGUUAGGGAAUACUUGUGAAUAUAUUUGUAAAUGCCUUAUGGGAUAUAGAUAUUUUAGAAAUUUUUUAGUCUUGUAUGAAAAAUAACUUUGAGGAUGAUAAUAAUAAUAUGAAGAUUACAAAUAUUUAUUAAACUGACCAUAACAACAGCAUUUUGUAAAGAUACACAUAUUAAAAAAUGGUUUGUGCUGUUA